CGGGUCCUCCUCCUCUGGCGAUGAUUCCUCGCAGGUCCAGCUUGGGUUUGGUCGAACAACACAUACGACAGGCAGACAGACAGACCGACAGCAGCAGCAGCAGCAGCACAAAAGAUCGCACGCACACCUUCACGCGUAAUCCCGUAGUCGGAAAUCCACUCCUCGUCCGCGAGACACGCGUUCACACGCGCGGAAUUCCACUUUCCUCCUCCGGCGAGGACGCGAUCGCUCGGGUAUUCCGUUCCUUUCCCUGCCGAGCGGAGCUCCUCGGCGGAAUGGCGUGUGUCGUUCAAAGUCAAGGGAGAGCAGCAGCAGCGACGGCGGCGGCGGCGGCGGCGGCGGCGGCGACGACGGCGGCGUCCGUCGAAAUUCAAGCGCGUCACGUGACGCGUCCCUCCCGCGCCGCGAUUGGCCGUCGCGAGUCUUUUCUCCCGCGCUUCUCUCCCGCUCCUCGUCGCCGCGAAUCGAGGAUCGUCCCGACGACGACGAGGUCCUCCCGAUCGCGCGAAAUCGCGGAUCCCGAUCACCGCGAGGAGAUCGCGCCCGGCGCAUUCAACCUUCUCGUCGUCGCGACGGAACUCCGAGGCGGCCUUCUCGGCGCGGCGCACCGAUCACGAUUUUCGCUCUCACUGACCCCGAAUUCGAGUCCUCUCUUUGUACUCACGUCCCGUCGUCGGUCGACGAACUUGCACCUACGCUCCUCGCGCGAGUCGCCGCCGAUGGGGACGUCGUCGAGGUCACACACACACACUCGCGAGAACCGCCGCCCGUCGAGAUCGCGAGUGGCGGCGCGAGUCGUUCGCCCUGAAGUGCGAGUCGAAUUCGGAGUUCCGCGACGUCACGUGACGAUCUCGCUCGCCAAUCAGGCUGCUCGCGGAUUCGAUGGAAUUGAAAAUCGCGCGACCUCUCGGAUUCGCGGAGUCGCGGAGCUGCUUGACGUCACCCCUCGCCCGCGCGCCGCCCGAUUGGCCCGUGUUUACGUUUCAUGUAAAUGCCAGUGACACCGGGGGUACCACCACCACCACCACCACCACGACCAUCACCAACUACUACCACCGCGAGGGAGAGAACGGCGAGGAGUCGUGCCGGCGACGCGUCUUCCCGAAGGUUUCGCCGUUGGUACACCCACGAAGGGGAGCGAGUCCAGACGACGACGGGUCUCCCGUCGCGAGGAGACAAACACACUCGUGACGUCGUGGAAGGAAGGACAGGACGGGAGCCGAGUUGGCGCGGCGGCCAGUUCCUGCGCCUCCUCCUCCUCCUCCUCCUCUGUUUUAUCUCCCUCUCUGUUCCUCUAUCGCUCCCUCUCUCUCUCUCUCUCUCUCUGUCUCCUUCUCCCCCCUCCCCUCCCCUCCGCGGGCGUGCGUACGCGUACUACUAUGACCGUGCCACGCGGGACUCACGUCGGCGACUCACGCGUCUCGCGCGAAUUACACGCAUCGUGGAAGCUCGGCAUCGGGUGUGGAAACAACGAGGGACAUCGGUACCGACGCCGACCUCCGCGAUCCGCGGAAGGACUGUCGUCCGACUGCCCUCACCCGCGCCCCGCCAUUGGCGUCGCGGCAGGAGCAGUAGGAGCGAGAGCGAGACUGCGCGCGACUGAGAAGGAGUGGGGGGGAGAGGAAGGACAGCGCUGGCAGUGGCGGCGGCGAAGGGGAGAAGCGCGCGCACACACACACACACCACGCACACAUGCAUUUGAACCGCCAUGACCGUUGGAGCGAGAGGGAUCGAAGACCUUGCGACGGCGGUUACGGCGAACUCGGUGCGCGCGACGAUGACGGACGUAUAGUGCCGGUGGCCGCGGCGAUGGCCCGGAGAAGGGUGGUGAACGAGAGCGAGAGGGAUGCUCCGCGGCAGGAUCGUAGGCAGCCACGGCGACGACGACGACGACGACGGCAGCGUCGCGUCGAUGAUUAUGAAGUAACAGUUGUUAUCGAUCAAGUGCAAUGUUGUCCUCGGAGCAAGUCUCGACGGGUAACGUCGUUCGCCGCGUGCAGGCGCCAUUUUCGCUCGCGGCAUCGGCCACGUCUCAACUUCAUGGCAGAUGCAUGUUCGUGUUUAGAAUCCUGUUGAUGCAACCACAACGAUAGUUUGGUACUGGCGACAGUGGACACGGUGAACAAUCAACGGUAACAAGAUG